AUAGCAAAUAAGUGUUGCGAUCAAUUCAUAAGUGAUAUGAAUCAAGUGUUUAGAAAAUUAUCAGUCAUUAAAUUGACGACGAAUUUUGCCGAAGCGGUCAAACUAGUGGAGCAGCCAUUGGUCACACCGGCAGACAAUCAGGUGCUCAUCAAGAAUAUAUACGCCGGGGUUAACGCAUCCGAUGUGAACAUAACAGCCGGCAGAUACUUUACAGAUGCAAAAGUGCCCUUUGAUGUGGGGUUUGAGGGUUUGGGUGUAAUCCAUGCGUUGGGCAAAAAUGUGACCAAAUAUCGUGUGGGACAGCCGGCACUCUUCCUCGAGUCUAAAGCCUAUUCAGAAUAUGUGUACAUAAAACAAGAUAAUGUAAUACCGGUUCCCGAAUUAAAACCCGAUUAUCUGACACUUUUGGUUAGCGGACUGACCGCUAGUAUAGGACUCGAUAAACGCGGACUUAUCAAAGAAGGCGAAAAAGUGCUCAUUACGGCCGCAGCCGGCGGAACAGGUCACUUAUGUGUUCAAUGGGCUAAGAAGAAAGGGUGUCAUGUAAUCGGGACCACAUCAUCGCCAGAGAAGGCAAACAUGUUGAAAGAGUUGGGAUGCGAUCGAGUUAUCAAUUAUAAAACUGAAAACCUAAGCGAAGUUCUCCGCAAUGAAUACCCG